AAUUUUCAAAGCGAUCUAUAAAGCGUUAUCGUCAUCAAGAAUAAGUAUGCCACCAAAAAGAACAAGCCAAGCUCGCGCAAAACCAUCAACAGUCUCAAAACAAAAGAAACGCAGGACAUCAAUGAACUUGGAAGUGGUUUCGCCAGCUUUAUCCGUUUCGCCAGCUUUAUCCCCCGAUGUACUGGAAACCAUCACAGCACAGGUGACCCAGCGGGUGACGGCCACAAUUAGAGACGAGUUGACAACGCUGAUAAACAACAUUAACAGCAACAGUGCUUCAAAUUCUCAGGGGAGUAUUAGUAUAAAUCCUCUAGGGGCAUCUAACAACAAUGAUAAUGACGGGUUGGUAAGAGAAUCUAGACAUCUGGACAACGCUAUUCAACACUCAGUUGAAGCGGUAGUUGUGGAUCACACUGAGAAAAUCGCUGGUAAAUCAGUUUUUACAACUGGCACCCUGGGCCGACAGCAAUCCAGUCAACAUAUCUCCACUACCGCCCUUUCCAAAUUAAGAGGUGACAUACAAAGACUAUUGGAUGCGAGCCUUACUAAUUCUUCUUUAGCUUCGUACUCUCAUGCUUGGACAGUUUUUAAAGAUUUUGCCGAGAAAUACGAGUUAAUUAUUGAGUUCCCAGUGAAGCAACACAUAUUGGUAUAUUAUGUUGCCUACCUAUUUUCAAAGGACUAUGCUGCAACAACUAUUUCAUCAUAUCUCUCAGCUAUUAGUUACAUCCAUAAGCUCAACAGUUUUGGGGAUCCAUGCUCGUCUUUUUUAAUACAAAAAUUGCUCUUAUCAACACGCAAACUGAAACCUUCACAAGAUGUUAGAAUACCUAUUACAAAAAAUAUUUUGCAUCAAAUUUGUGACUUUUUACCAGUUACAGUUUCCAAUGCAUUUGAAAAGGCCUUGUUUAAAGCAAUGUUUUUGUUGGCCUUUUAUGGAUUCUUGAGAGUUUGGGAAAUAACAUCAUGUCAAAAGGUAAUUAACAAAAAUUUAAUUCUGUUUAAUCAAAUUUCCAGGCAGCAAGAUCUUUUAAUUAUCAAAUUUGUUACAUAUAAACAUCACAUGGGCAAACCAUUUUUUCUCACUAUUCACUCGGCAAGUAACAAAAAGUAUUGUCCAGUUCAAUGCCUAGAAGACUACAUUAAGUUAAGAGGAGUACAAAAUGGGCCACUUUUUUGUUAUGUACCAAAUAUUCCAGUUUCCAGGGGUAAACUUUCGGCGGUAUUAAAAAACUGUCUAUCAUUUGCAAAGUUGGAUAUGAGUCGCAUUACUAGCCAUUCUUUCCGGAUAGGCAUGGCGUCGCACUGUGCGGACAUUGGCAUGAGUGACAGCAAAAUUAGACUGUUAGGUCGAUGGAAAUCAGAUGCAUUCAAAAGUUAUAUUAGACCAGUUAAUCUAGUAUAGAGAGAGCAAAGACUGACUGUGAACUUAUGGAUAUACACUGUUAUUCAGGAACAUAUGUAUAUUUCUUGAUAACUUAUAAUGCGUUAAAAUAAUUUGAAAUAUAA